AUGGUGUUCCACACUGCCGCUGUGUGUCUGACUGCAGGCUGAUCUGCUGCUCAGAGUUACAGCAGCCCGAGAUAACCGAGGAUUACAACUCUUCUUCAUCUGUUACAGACUUCUGAUCCUCAGCAGGAUGGAGGGAGAGAGUUCUCUUUCUAAAGUGCUGCUUUUCCUGCUCAUGGUGCUGUGUGUUCCUUACACACACUCAUCUGAAAUGAAAGUGAUCGAUGCGUUGGCGCUGAGUGGUGGAGCUCGUAUGGCGGCGGCAGUGGAGGAUUUGAUGGGAGGUUUGGAGAAAAUGAAGGAAGUCUACGUGACCUCCACAUUCCGUCUACCUUCUAAACUGGGCGGCGUUCUGUUCGGAAUCUACGGUAGAGACGACGGCAAGAAAUAUCUGGAGAUCACCGUCAUCGGCAAGAUCACUAAAGUGUUAAUAAGAUAUUUGCGCUCUAACGGGAAGCUCCACUCCGUGAAUCUGCACAACCCUGUCCUCUCUGAUGGACGGAGCCAGUCCCUCAUCCUGAGACUGGCCGGACUCAGACAGAGCCACAUUAGCUUUGAGCUCUAUGUUAACUGCCGUCUGAUUGACUCCGCCCAUGGGCUGCCCUCGUUAGCCACGCUGCCUUCGAAGGUGGAGUCAGUGGAGGUCCGGAGCGGAGAAAGGAACUUCGCCAGAAUGCAGGGUUCAGUGGAAUCUCUGAAGCUGGCUCUCGGUGGUUCUCUCCCUGAAGCUGGACUCCUCACUGACUGCUCACUGCAGGGAGACUCAAUACUACACAACACAGUGGGCAGUGAUGUUAACACAAUCCUGGGUGAUCACACUAAAGCUCUGAUUGGUCAGAUGGUCAUCUUUAAUCAGAUUAUGGGCAAUCUGAGAGAGGACAUCAGGGAGAUGACCAGAGAGAUGUCUUUAAUCAGGAACACCAUCCUGGAGUGCCAAGUGUGUGGUUUCCAUGAGCCUCCGUCUCGUUGUCAGUCAAAGCCGUGCUAUGACGGUGUUGCGUGUGUGGAUGUGUUGGAGUUUCCGGGGUAUCGAUGUGGCUCGUGUCCUGCAGGCACUACAGGCAACGGCACACACUGCCAGGACAUCGACGAGUGUGCAGCACAGCCGUGUUUUUCUCCUCACAUGUGUGUGAACAGUGUGAAGGGAUUCCGUUGUGAGCCGUGUCCCCAGGGGUUCUCCGGUCCCGAGCUGAGCGGAGUCGGCAUGGAGUUCGCUCAGAACCACAGACAGGAGUGUGUGGACAUAGAUGAGUGUGAGACUGGCGCCUGCGUCCCCAACUCUGUCUGCAUCAACACAGCCGGUUCAUUUAAGUGUGGCCAGUGUAAAGUAGGUUUCGUGGGCAAUCAGACAUCAGGCUGUUUCCUCAGGAGAGGAUGUGCUCUACUCGGCUACGAUCCCUGCGACGUCAAUGCGCACUGUGUGAUGGAGCGCAGCAGUGAUAUCUCCUGUGUGUGUAACGUGGGAUUUGCAGGCAACGGAAACAUCUGUGGUGUUGACUCUGACCUCGAUGGCUAUCCUGAUGAACCACUUCCCUGCAUUGAUAAUGAUAAACACUGCAGAGCGGAUAACUGUGGCUCCACACCAAACUCAGGGCAGGAGGACACGGACGGUGAUGGUGUUGGAGAUCAGUGUGAUGAAGACGCAGAUGAAGAUGGGAUAAAGAACAUGGAGGAUAAUUGUCGCCUGGUGCCCAAUAAGGACCAGCAGAACUCUGACUCAGACUCAUACGGUGAUGCGUGUGAUAACUGUCCAAACGUCUCUAAUGGAGAUCAGCUGGACACAGAUGGUAAUGGUGUGGGAGACAGCUGUGAUAACGACAUUGAUGGAGACGGAAUUCCUAACAUGCUGGAUAACUGCCCAAAAAUCCCCAACGCCAUGCAGAUGGACAGGGACAAUGAUGGAGUCGGAGACGCAUGUGACAGCUGUCCUGAGGUCAAUGACCCGACUCAGUCAGAUGUUGAUAACGACUUGGUGGGAGACGUCUGUGACACCAACCAGGACACGGAUGGUGACGGUCUCCAGGAUACGAGGGACAACUGUCCUGACAUCCCCAACAGCUCCCAGGUGGACUCGGAUAAUGACGGGAUUGGAGACGAGUGUGACGAUGACGAUGACAACGAUGGCGUUCCAGACACUGGACCUGAUAACUGCAGACUCGUACCCAACCCUAACCAGAAAGACUCGGACGCUGACGGAGUUGGUGACGUGUGUGAGAACGACUUUGAUAAUGACAAAGUGAGCGACGCGAUGGAUGCCUGUCCCGAAAACGGUGACAUCACCAUGACGGACUUCCGCGCCUUCCAGACGAUCAUCCUGGACCCACACGGGGAUUCCCAGAUCGACCCCAACUGGGUGGUGCUGAAUCGGGGGAUGGAGAUCAUACAGACCAUGAAUAGUGACCCUGGUCUGGCUGUGGGCUACCCGGCGUUCAACGGCGUUGAUUUUGAGGGCACGUUCCAUGUGAACACAAUGACAGAUGAUGAUUAUGUGGGCUUCAUCUUCGCCUACCAGGACUCGUCCAGCUUCUACGUGGUGAUGUGGAAGCAGACAGAACAGACGUACUGGCAAAACCAGCCCUUCACUGCACUGGCUGAACCUGGUCUGCAGCUGAAGGCAGUGAAGUCCCGCACAGGUCCGGGUGAAUAUCUCCGUAAUGCUCUGUGGCACACCGGCAGCACACAGGGAGAGGCGACGCUGCUCUGGAAGGAUCCGAGGAAUGUGGGAUGGAGAGAUAAAACAUCGUACCGCUGGAGCCUCAGCCAUCGACCGCAGGUCGGCUACAUCAGAAUUCGUCUGUAUGAAGGUACUGCUCUGGUCGCAGACUCCGGCGUGGUGAUCGACACCUUGAUGAAGGGAGGACGUCUGGGUGUUUUCUGCUUCUCACAGGAGAACAUUAUCUGGUCUAAUCUGGGUUAUCGCUGUAAUGAUACAAUUCCAGAUGAUUUUUACCUCCACCACAAACAGAUGAACAUCAGGGUGGAAGCGUAGACGAGUGGCUGCGCCUUUAAUCACUGCAUCAUGCAACCUGACGUCACUGCAGUAUACAGUGUGUGUGUGUGUGUGUGUGUGUGUGUCUGGAUAGGAUUUUUUUUUUUUCUAAGCCAAUGAUUGUCUCUUACCUACCUGUUUGUAGUUAGUGUGUUGAUGUGAUAUAAUUAAUGUUACAAGAUGAAAACUUCUAGAAAUACAUGCCAACUUGAUAAAUAAGCGGAGCAACUGUUAACAUCUCUGUUAGAUAACAUGAAAAGCACCUUUAAAUAAUCCAUAUUCUGUGCAUUUACAAAAUAGAAAUUAGAGAUGGUAAGAAAAAUCGAUUCAGUGAUUUUUUGUGAUUUAUUUGUGUGGAUUUUAAUACAUUUGAAUUUUUACAUUUUUACAUUUAAAAAAAUGUAAGAUGUUGCAGUUUCUCUGUAGUCACACAUUGGCAGGCAGCACAGCAUCUUGUUUAGUAGGAGCAAAUUAUUUGCUGAGUUUGUUUAGAAUUGCGACAAAAUCUAAAAAAAAAAAGUUAAAUAUCUAAUUGGGAUUUUUAAAAUUAAAUCUUGAUAUUUACAGAACCGCAAUACAAAUCGAAUCAGGACCUGGGUAUCGUGAUGAUAUCAUAUUGGGAGGUCUCUGGUGAUUCCCAUCCCUACUUGAAAUGUCCUCUGACCUACAGGCCCCGCCCUCUUUCUGUCCUAAACCAAUGAAAUAGCAGGAUUUGCUUUUUAAAAUACGAUAGAAUGACACAGAUGAGAAGUAACACAUUGUUGACACGUCAUCUCACUUAAAUAAGUUUCCCUAAAGUAGUGAAAUUAUUUUUUAUAAUUGAAUUUUAAAUGUUUAAUAAGUGUCAGCAAUGGAGUAUAACACACUGUAGAGCUGUUUCUGUCUUACAGGUGAACUUAUAACAGGAGUUUAUACUAUUGUGUUUGUGUGCUAUGAUGGUGCUAAGUCAACCUACUCCUCAAUGUGUGUGUGUGUGUGUGUGUGUGUUUGAGAUAUUCUCAUGUUAUGGUUUCUUCAAUUGAAAUUAAUAAGACUUUUAUAAAUAAACGUUUAUAAAUAAAAGUUAAAUAAAAUACUAUUAAUGCUUGUCUACAUUCAUAUUGCAAAGUAUAUAAGGAAUAAAACAAAAGGGGGCGGGGUCUGUGUGCAUGGAGUUUGCAUGUGCUAGGUGGGUUUCGUCCAUGUAGUCUGGUUUCCACCUCUAGUCCAAAAACAUGUAGAUUGGGCUAGUUGGCGUUCCUAAAUUGCUGGCAAUGUGUCUCCCGUGACCCCGUAUACAUAAUAAAGCGUUAGAGAUCAUGAGUGGGUGAGUUAGUGAGUAAAACACAAGGUGGUCGUUCCUUCAAAGUAAAAUAUU